CAACCAUCACUGUCAUCGACCAUGUCUGAACCCACCUACACCCUCAUCGGUACCCCGUUCAGCACCUUCACACGCACCAUCGCCCUUGCUCUCCACUACAAGGACAUCCCCUUCAGUCGGGAGGGCGUCCUUCCUCACUCUGUCGUCGCAGAGAAGCAUCAUCCGCUAGGAUACAUCCCUGCCUUGGUCGUCCGUGGAGUGGAGGGCGGAGAACUAACGCUCAUCGAGACGCAGGCGAUCGCACGCUACCUUGAUAGGAUCAAGCCCGAGCCAAGCCUAGGCAUUAACGCGGGAGAUGGAGGGGCAAGAGUUGAGGAGAGCUUAUGGGAGUUUGUGAACCUCGUUGCGGCCCACGCCUACAAAAUCGUUGAAAUUGACGUCGUGAAGCCUUACCUUGCCUCCUUCGCCGACUCCAUGCCCUCCACGAUCUCCAAGGAAGAAAAACAAGCUAGAAUUGCCUCAGCCCCUAUCCCCACCGCCCCCUCCACCACCACCUCAGGCCGCUUCGCCACCGCCUUCUCGACCGUCUCAUCCGCACUCACCGGCGCAGCCGCACCCGCGGGCGACGUGGACAGCGCUGUGAAGCCCCUCGCGCACUACCUUAUGGUGCUCUCUUCGCGCAUGGCGCCCAUCAGCCCGGCUGGGUCCGAGUCCAGCAGGAGCGGGCCGUUUGUGUUCGGGACCAAGGUGACGUGGGCGGAUUAUUACUUGUAUCCGUUGCUCGCGGAUGUGGCGAGUACGGCGGUGUGGCCACGCGUCAAGACGGCGAGGCUGGAAACGUUUUUGGCGGCGAUGAGAUUACGCCAUGAGGUGAAGGAGACGACGGAGGGUACUGUUGAGGAUGGACGAACGGGACCUUGAUUGAAGAUACUGAGGGCAGUAUGUGACAUUGUAGCAUAAUUGUAGGAUACGUUGACUGAGGGACAAUAACC